AAAUCAGCUGUUGAUGCGGAGGCGUUCACCGAUUGCUUAUUGCAAGUGCAAACAAUUGGCAAGUAGUUGAUUGUUUGCAGGACUUUUUCCGCGCUCAGUGUCCAACAAAACAUUCCCAACCAUGCUGUCCAUUGGGGCCAUGGCCAACAUCAAGCACACGCUGCAGAAGGAGCUGUUCCUGGCCGCCGGCGAACGCCUCCUUUCCGUGGUGACGGUGGUCAAGAAAAAGGACAAGAAGCCCUGCUACCUCUGCGUGGUCACCACGGCGCCACCGGUGCCCGUGGUCACUUUGUGCCUCAUCAAGCAGUCUGAGCAGCGCGAGAGCGAGUACAAGCGCAAGCGGAGCUGGCAGCUGGACGAGAUCAAGUGGGUGGACGGGCGGAACGAGCAGUUUGAGACACAUGAAUUCGAUAUACAAUUGGAGAAGUUGUACAAGUGGUACGCACUCAAUCUCCACGAGCGCCAGAACUUCCUGGCCGUGCUAAACCGACAGAUCCAAAAGAGUGUGCGUGGCCAGCGGGCGGAGUUCCGAAACGUGCCCGUUGCCUGGCUGUCGGAGAAGUCGCCGGAGAAGGUGGUUUUGGGUAGAGCUGUCCAGAAGACGCAGCAUACGGACGACGAGGAAGAUGAGGAGGAGGAAGCCCAGGAGUUCACUGCUCUGACGGACAAGGAGGCCAACGAGCUGGGUAAACUGUUCUCCGAGAGCGACUUCGCCAUCAAAGAUGCCGAGCAGUUCAUAGAGCAGCUGUCCCGGGAACUGCACGACCUAGAUGGGGCCAAUAUGCAAAGUGUUCUAGCGUCGGAGCAGAAGGUGCUGAAAAUGAUGGAGCACAUCGACAAUGCCAUCUCCGAGGCGGACAAGUUAGAGAACCGUCUGGACAGCUACGAGGAUAUCCUGGGGCAUGUUAAGGAGACCAUGGAGAAGAUUGGCGGCAAGAAUGCUAUGAUCGAGAUCGCCAACAAUAACAAUAUCAAGCUGAUGAAGGAACUCAACAAAGUUAUAAGCCAACUGGACUUGCCGCACAGCCAGCAGCAGGCUCUAGAUGAACCCGAUCUAAAGACCGCCAAUGGACGCAAGACGGCCAUUGCAGCUGCCCAAUGUCUGCAGCAGGCCAUGAACAGCGAUAUAGAUCCUGCCCUGCUUCGUUUGGAGGCGGUGCAGGAUCAGCGCAAGCGAUUUGAAAAGUGGAAACAAAAGUUCUCGGCCACCGUCAGUCGAUUUAUGAACAACCUGUUCAUCCAUUUGGGCAACGAAAUAGGUGACGUGCCAGUGACCAGCACCGAACUGACGCUGCCUAAUCAUUCCAACGUCCACCGGGAACUUACGCCCUAUACGGAGCUGAUGCACUGGACAAAAGCUAUGGAUCGUAAAACCUACGAUGGCCUGAUGCGGGUCUACACGGCCUCGCUAAGUAAGAUCUAUGACAGGGAUGUGAAAAACUUCUUCAAUUUGGCAAAAAUACAGGUUGCAGAGAAACUGCGAAACUCUCGCGAGGAUCUCGAUAUGUCCACGUCCUCUCGGAAGUCGGCGGUGACCACAAUACCUUAUGGCACUUUGGGAAUCAAUAGGGAUCAGUGGGGACCCGGAGUGGAAAGUGCGGAUCGGAUUCGUUUCGAUGCCUUGCUGGAAAAGGUUCUAGCUGAGCUGGAACCCAUAGCCCUGCAGGAACAGCUGUUCUGCAUCAAUUUCUUUCAAAUGGAUGUGAUUAGUCCAACGACAAAAAACACGCAGACCACUUUGGAAAUGGAGAAGGCGGUGGAUAUGUCACAGUCCAUCAUAGCAGGAGCCGUCUCGCCAUCAGGUGAUGUGGUUCCGCAGAAGCGAAUUGAUCGCCAAAUUAACGAGGAUGUGAGGAAGCUGAUGAUGGGUCUUUUUGGUUGCCUGGAACCAGAGCUGGUCAGCUUUAUCCAGAGCUUUGAGCGAGUGGACAGUUUCUACUCUCUGUACGUUUUGGUGCGACUCACACAACACGUCAUGUCCGCGCAGGACACACAUUCCUUUCUCAGCAUGACCUUUGCCUCCGCCUUGGUGCAGGUGAAGCGCAACUUUGACCGCUUCAUGCAGCAGCAACUGCAGUCAAUUAGAGAGGCCAAGCUGCAUAAGCGCUCCAAGGCCAUCCUGCCGUACGUUGAGAACUUCGAAAACUUUGCCCAAACGGCGGAGGGUAUCUUCCGCAAGUCGGAUCGCCGUACUGACAUGGAGAAGUGGUACCUGCAGCUGGUGAAUGCCAUCUUUGAGGGCAUCCACCUGCACUCGCAGGAGCAUCCCAAGACGCCUUCGCAAGUGGUGCGCAUGGAGAAUUAUCACCACAUGUACGCUUUGCUGGCACAGCUUAAGGUUCCAGGUCUGGAUGCCCUCAAAAAGGAGGCCAAGACGCGUUACAACGAAGCGCUAAAAGCAUAUGUGACUCAGUACUUUGGCAGGCCCCUGGAGAAGUUAAAUCAAUUCUUUGAGGGCGUACAACUGAAGGUGGCGCAGGGCGUCAAGGAGACGGAGAUCAGCUACCAGAUGGCCUUCUCCAAGCAGGAGCUGCGCAAGGUGAUUGCGCAGUAUCCCGCACGCGAGGUAAAGAAGGGUCUGGAGAAUCUCUACAAGAAGGUGGAGAAGCACCUGAGCGAGGAGGAGAACCUGCUGCAGGUGGUGUGGCACGCCAUGCAGGAGGAGUUUAUUGCCCAGUACAACUACCUGGAGGAGCGCAUUCAAAAGUGCUACGCCGGCGCCAUGAUCAACCUGGAGUUCAACAUCCAGGACAUACUCGCCUUCUUCUCGGACAUAGCUCGCUCGCACUGAUC